AUGCCCGCCCUCUUGGACGACCCGGCCAGCCCGCCCAUCUACCGGGUCUCGGGUCAACCUCCGUUCCCGGACCCGGCGAUGCCCCAGCUUCCGCUGGACAUUGUUCCGAGGCAGGUGACCCUGCGAGACCGACAGACGGUAGCGACCAUUGUCCCGCUGGCAUCAGCCUCCGGGGUGCCCGAGUCUCUGUGCGCGUAUCUGUGUGACCAGCUUAAUAAGGAGAUCGAGGGCGGAGACACGUACCCGAUGAUGGAGCUGUUCACGGUGGAGUCCUUCACGCGCUACUGGUUCCAGAACUUUGGGGCGGUGAUGCUCCUGGGUAGCCUGUCGAGAGCGGAGGACGUCGUCGAGGGCAAGGACUGGAGCCGCGAGUGCCUCGGGUCCUUCUACAUCAAGCCCAACUACCCGGGGCGCAGCAGCCACGUGUGCAACGCGGGGUUCCUGGUGACGGACGCGUCGCGCAACCGCGGCGUGGGCCGGCUGAUGGGCGAGGCGUACAUCGACUACGCGCCGCGCCUCGGCUACACGUACAGCGUCUUCAACCUGGUCUACGAGACCAACGUGGCGUCGUGCCGCAUCUGGGAUGCCCUAGGAUUCAAGCGCAUCGGCCGCGUCAAGGGCUGCGGCAACCUGCGCAGCCACCCGGACCGGCUGAUCGACGCCAUCAUCUAUGGACGCGACCUGGCCCCCGGCGACUCGGACGACCUGCUCGUCAGCGAGGAGCGCUUCGACAAGAUAAAGUACUACUUGAAGUACGGGAAAUACCCUAAUGGCGCCGACCGUGCCGAGAAGUCUCGUCUCCGCAGCGCCGCAACAAGCUACAAGCUCCUCGACGGCGACAAGCUCAUGCUCAAGGGCAAGGAGGUCAUCUCUGACCCGGCACUCCAGCUCGACAUUGCGCGCGCCGUCCAUGCCCAGCACCACGGCGGUAUCAACAAGACUACAGCCUCCAUCGCCGAGAAGUACCAUUGGAGUCGCAUCAAAGAGACUGUCAGCGACAUCAUUCGAAACUGUCCCGAGUGCAAGGACUCUAGCAGUGGCGGCGGCAGCGGCGGUGCUGUUACCACCACCACCAACACCACCGCCACCACCUCGUCUUCCUCCCCCUCUUCCUCGGAGCCAACGCCGCCGACAACAGCACCGACACUAGCCUCCUUGUUCACGUCACACCAAGAACAGGGACACGAAAAACCUAACGACGACGACGACACCAUGAGCUUCGCAGACCCAACUAUCCAGACUGACAUGACCGUCCUCCACGAAACGAUACCCAACCCACGCACCCAAGACGAAUACGCCGACCCGAGCCAGCUCUCCUCCAUCGCCCCUGAGACCCAGAGUGACCGUGAGCACGACGACCACGACGACCAUGAUAGUGUCGCCACGCAGGCCGUCGUCGACCACGACCUCGAGAUGCUCAUCGAUGAUCAGGACGACGAUGUCGGCGCCGGCGUCACCAUCGGUAACCACGAUACGACGGCCAAUGUCCUCGUCGAGAGCCAUCGUGGUGACACUGCCGGGACCCAUGGGGAUAUAAUCGGACAUGACGAUAAUCUACUCUUGGCUGCGCAGGGGCACAGGACCAAUCUAUAUCACGAUCACGAUGAUGGCUUGGGUUUUGGAGGACCUUCAUAG